CUCAUCCUGUAAGCCCUGAUCAGUUCUUGAUUUACAGCACAUCACAUCCAUCUCAUUAUCAACACUAAACAAAACAGAGACAAGACUCUGUUUACACUCAAGAGAGAAAAACACUGAGGAUACACAAACACAUCACACGCGAGCUCUUUCUUUCUUUCUUUAGUGGGUUCAUCAGCGGACUAAAGAGCUGCAGAGCGCCUCCUGCUGUACUGAGAGAGAAAAGACACUUAACACUUCAUUCAUCUCAUUCAUUACACAAGAAGGUUGUUUCUUCGUGGUGUGGUGGAUAAAGUGCUGAAGAAAGAAAAUUAAGAAAAAUAAAUCAACCUUUUACAUUUUAAAAUCAAAGAUAAGAUUGUAAUGAAAUGUAUUAGUAACACUGGUUUAAAUAAUAGGAUUUAGGAGUACGUAGUUGAUUCUCUUUACUCUCCACCACAGUAGGUGGCGGGAUUCACCUUUGAAGUAGGUUCGCAACCCACCAUAAAACCCAAAGAAGAAAAAGAACAUCAACCGCUGUGAUUACAGUCAGUUUUAUUCUGUGUUUGUUGUUGUCUACUUUAAGUAAAUUAAACCUCCACAGAGUCUCUGGAUUCUGUCUGUAACGCUGGAGAACAUCAGCAGAUCCUGCAGACCAAACUCAAGAUGUGUUCAGUCAAACUGGAGGACAGUGGGAACCAAAUGGAGAUAAAAACUGAACCAAUGGAAGAGGAAGAUCACACUGAGGAAGAAAAAAGUUAUUAUGGUGAUUUAAUUCCUUCAGAUGUGAAGAGGGAAUCAUGUUUGGAUGGAGAAAUAACGUCCCCAACAUCGAAAGAGCGACGGACAGCACAAACUCAAGAAAAGAAACUUGAUUCAGGAGAGCACAGAGAGAAGAAGAAGCUGCAGUUUCACUGUCAACAGUGUGGAAAGGAUUUUGUUGUCUUAUCUAAGCUGACACGUCACAUGAGGACACACAGUGGUGAAAAGUCUUUCUACUGCACUGAAUGUGGCAAAUACUUCAGCACCAAAAGAAAUCUUGAUGUUCAUCAAAUAAUUCACACAGGAGAAAAACCAUACGAGUGUCCUCACUGUGAGAAGAGAUUCAGCCACAAAGGAUAUAUGAAGAGACAUGUGUUUACACACACCAAUGAAAAAACCGUAUCAGUGCAGUGAAUGUGGAAAACCCUUUAAGUAUUUAUGCUCUUUAACAUUACAUAAAAAAAUACACAGUAAGGAGAAACUCUAUCAGUGUU